CGAGGAGCAAGAGUGAAGACCUGGGAGGCUGCGUAGCAGGGAGAUGUUCGGGUCACGCUCUCUGCUCACCAGCUCCGCUCAGACAGGGGACACCGUGUGUCUGAAACCUACGAGCACUGUUGGUGGGCGGGAGGACCUCGGAAGGCGACCCACGCGGGAGCAGUGAGCGCCGCAGGACCCUGCAGGACCCAGCAGGAUCGCCCCGGACCAGCGGCUGGGCGCUGGCAGUUCGCCCGGGGACCGGUCGCCUCGCCGCUGGCGCGCUCGUGACGUCAGAGGCGGGCGCCACACUUGAAAGAGGGUGCGGGAGGCGCGGCCGCGGCGGGCCGCGGUCAUGGAGCUAGGGCGGGAAGCGCGGGAACUGGGUUGCUGGGCGGCCGAAGAGAUGCGGGUGCCCGCGGGGUCCCGGGCCCCGGAGGCCACGCUGCGCAGGCUGUGUCUAGGACAGGGGGCUGACAUCUGGGCCUACAUCUUGCAGCAUGUGCAUAGUCAGAGUAAUGUCAAGAAAAUCCGGGGAAACUUGCUGUGGUAUGGCCACCAGGACAGUCCAGAGGUCCGUCGGAAGUUGGAGCUGGAAGCAACUGCAGCUCGCCUGCGGACAGAGAUCCAAGAGUUAGACCAGAGCCUGGAGCUGAUGGAGCAAGAGACUGAGGCUCAGGACAUGGCUGUGGAGCAGAUGCUGCAGAGCACAUGGGACACCCAAUGUCGAGCUCUCCUCCUCCGGGCCCAAACUGGAGCCCUGCGAAGACAGCAGCAUGGACUUCGAGUCCCAGUACAGCAGCUGCAGAAUCAAGUCAGGCACCUACAGGACACAGAGAGGAAGGCCAAAGUGGAUGUGACCUUUGGACCCCUGACAUCAGCAGCUAUGGCCCUGGAGCCUGUGGUCUUGCGUGAUGUCCGAAAAGCCUGUACCCUCCGGGCCCAGUUCCUGCAGAACCUCCUGAUUCUCCAAGCCAGAGGUGGUAGCAUCCUUAGAAGCCCUUCUGAUGACCACUUUGGAACUUCAUACCAACAGUGGCUUGGCUCAGUGGAGACACUGCUGACAACCCACCCUCCAGGCCACAUCCUGGCUGCCUUGGAGUACCUGGCUGCAGAGCGGGAAGCAGAGAUUCGAUCCUUGUGCAGCGGAGAUGGGCUUAGAGAUACGGAGCUGUCCAGCCCCCAGGCACCGGACCAGUCAGAUUCCAGCCAGGCCUUGCCAUCCAUGGGGCAUCUCAUCCAGGAGGGCUGGCAGGCUGUAGGUGCACUAGUCACCCAGCGGGGUGCUCUCCUGAAGGAGCGUCAAAAACUGACUGGCCAUCUCCAGCGUCUGGUGGAGGAAGUACAGAGACGUACCCUGGGAUCCAGUGAGAGGAAAGCACUAAUGCUGGGACUUCGAUGCUGUGGACUGUGGGCAGAGCUCAAGGCUCUGCGAGCCCAAAUUCAGGAACUGGAAGAUGCAGCUGGGCAAAGGCAGCUUCUGCUAAGGGAGCUGCAGACCAAGCAGCAGCGGAUCCUGCACUGGCGCCAGCUGGUGGAGGAAACCCAGGAACAGAUCCGCCUGCUCAUCAAGGGAAACUCAGCCAGCAAGACACGCCUGUGCCGGAGUCCUGGAGAGGUACUGGCUCUGGUUCAGCGAAAGAUAGUCCCCACCUCUGAGGCAGUGGCACCUCAGAGCCAGGAGCUGCUUCGCUGUCUGGAGGAGGAAGCCCGGCACCUGCCCCACAUUCUGCUAGGCACCCUGCUGCGGCAUAGCCCUGAAGAGUUGAAGCCCCUGCCCACGAUCCUACCAUCCAUCCACCAGCUGCACCCCGCGUCCCCAAGGGGCUCCAGCCUCAUAGCUCUGAGCCACAUACUGGGGCUGCCCACAGGGAAGGCACCAGAGCUGCUUCUCCCAAAGGCUGCCUCUCUUCGCCAGGACCUUCUGUUCUUCCAGGACCAGCAGAGUCUCCGUUGUGGGGAUCUACUGCACAUGAAGACCAGUCUGCCACUGGGACCAUCCACCCAGGAGCUGCUGCAGAUCCAGGCAUCCCAGGAAAAGGAACAGAAGGAGAACCUGGGGCAGGCUCUGAAGAGGCUGGAGAACUUGCUGAAACAGGCAUUGGAACGAAUCCCUGAACUACAGAGAGUUGUGGCAGACUGGUGGGAGCAGCCAGGCCAAGCCACCCUCUCCGGGGAGCUCUGCCAGGGUCUGUCCCUGCCCCAGUGGCAGCUGCGCUGGGUUCAGGCCCAGGGAGCUUUGCAGCAGUUGUGCAGAUGAAGAGGGGCCUCAAACCAGAAUCAAGAAUUUCACAUCUGUUCACCCCAACAACUCACCUCCCCCAAUAAAACAUUGAAAGGAAAGCAUGGCCCAAACCCGUAGCCCCUGUCUCUAGCCAUGCCUGCCAUCCCCCUCAGACUGUUCUGCUGCUCCUCUCAAUUCCCUUGUCCCUGCCCUUUCAUCCCACCAAAGCUAAGGGAAACGCAUACUCUGGAGCACACUCCAGGUACCCUUUCAAGUCCCUCCACCACUUUCACCUCAGCAAAUGUAACUGAGCACCUUCUCUAGGUGCUGGGGAUACAAGAAUGAAUAAAAUGGGCCAAAGUCCCUGCCUUCAGGAGUUGACUUAUUAGGGUAGGGUGACAGACAAUCGGCAAGAUAAGUAAAUAAAAACACAUAAUACGUUGGAAGAUAAGCACUACAGAGAAAAACAAAGUGGUUAGGAGGUGCGAUUUUUUUUUUUAAUGGAGAACUACACUAGUAUGCAAGAGUCACAUGGGCCUCAGGAAGGGUCCGCAGGUGGAGGCUGCAGUGUGCACUGGAAUGUGCUGGUGUGGAAGCCACUGAGGAACCCAGUGCAGUGGGAGUAGGGGGUGGGGUCAGGAGAUAAGAUUGUCUAAGGUUUUUAUUUUUAAUUUUUUAAAAUUUUUUGUAAUACUUUUACAAAACUUUUAUUUUUAUGUGGUGCUGAGGAUGGAACCCAGUGCCUUACACGUGCUAGGCAAGUGCUCUGCCACUGAGCCACAACCCCAGCCCUCUAAGUGUUUAUACUUUUGGGGUUUUGUUUGUUUCACAUUGGAAUCUGAGCCUUUUGGAAUUUAUCCUGGCAAACAGAUUCAAUAGUGUCUUAUUUUGCAUGUAUCCCAAUAGCACUUAAUAAAAAUUCCCAGUCAGAGCAGUAGGUGCCUCUGAAGAAGGGAUGGAUGGCAGGGAUCAAAUGAGGAGAUGAGGAAAUUUCCCAGGGUAACAGGAUGAGUGCUCUCAUAUAUCAAGAGCAGUGUGAGCCACACAGGUGGAGAUCUGUCAUCUGUACUCUUAAAGCCUGUGCAUUUCACUGUCUGAAUUAUUCUUCCAUUUAUAAAGUAAAACUCUUGCCACUGGUCUGAAACCUUUCCAUACCCUAAACUUCCAUACUUCAAAUUGUUUCUGGGUCCUUUCCAGACCUAUUGUGAUCUAACCCCUCUUGUGCCACUGCCACAGGGUUUUCAUUAUGAAGGCUUUGUAAUACAUUUUAGCCUCUGAAACAAGAAGUUGUCCUUUUGGGCUUUUAUUUUUCAAGGUUUCCCUGUCUCUUCUUGCUAAUUUUUUCUUCCAAAUAAAACAAGCUUUAUACUUAACAUGCCUGGUUCCAGAAGGGAAACAAAUACAAAUGGUAAUUUCAUUGAUGGUGCACCAAUUUUACAAAUUAGGGAGAUUUGACAUCUUUAUGAUCUUGAACCUUGCUACUCACUUUCUUCCUCACAAAUUCUCUCCAGAGCCCCCUCUCCCAACUUUCCUCCUUUUAAUAGCUGUUUCCUGGUCAUUGCACAUUUGCUUUCCUAAGCACAAUCCUUAAUAUAUCCCUUCCACUACUGGGUCUUGGCCCACACCUUCCUAAUCACAGUUCCCAACCCCCACCUCCCUAAUGAACUCUAAACACUAGCGUCUCUAUUCACUCAACCUACUUAAUUUUUUUCCAUAGUACAUCUUCUAAUAUACGAUGUAAUUUUUUCCCUCAGAUAGAAAUGUGAGCUUCAUGAAGGUAUAAACUAGAAGUUGAUCAAACUUUCCUAAAUAUGACUUAAAAACCCAUACACAAUCAAGGAAAAUAUCAACAAAAUUGAUUGCAUAAAAAUAAACUUGCACUAGUACAGUGGUGCACACCUAUAGUCCCAGAGACUUGGGAAGCUGAGACAG